UAUUCCCACCCAUUUCUAAUAUUCUACGAUUGCGCACUCUGGAGUCCGGUCCAUGGAUCUUUCACCCAGCACACACUUUGUUUCCUCUACCAACUCGCCCGAGUUCACCCUUCUAACUCGGGUCUUGACCCGUUCAUCGGUCAUCGGUCUCGACGCCGAAUGGAAGCCCGUCCGCACUCAGCAGUCCUCCUUUCCGACGGUUUCUCUCCUCCAAAUCGCCUGCCAGGUCGACGGCGACGAAGAUGCUCAUGUCUCGAAGAACUCUCAACCGGUUUUCCUUGUCGACCUCUCAGCUAUCCCUCUUCCAUCAAUCUACGAGCUUCUUAGGGACGCGUUUGUCUCGCCUAAUAUUCUGAAAUUAGGAUUUCGGUUCAAACAAGACCUGGUCUACUUGUCGUCCACCUUCUGCUCGCAGGGCUGCGAGCCUGGUUUCGAUAGGGUGGAACCUUUUCUAGAUAUUACAAGCAUAUAUAGCUACCUACAACACAAGCAUCAAGGAAGAAGGUUGCAAUCCAAGAGUUUAGCAGCAAUCUGCCAGGAAGUGUUGGGCAUAUCUCUUUCGAAGGAACUCCAAUGCAGUGAUUGGUCACAACGUCCUCUCACAGAAGAACAAAAGCUUUAUGCUGCAGUCGAUUCUCUCUGCUUGAUUCAAAUCUUUGAUGUGCUCAAGGCUAGGGUGGCUAAUAUUGUUGGGAGUACUGUGUGCAAUGUUGGAAAGCUCCAGUCACAUUCAAUAGAUCUUGGCCUCAAGCAGAUUCUCGACAUGCCAAAUGGUUCUGAUAACAUAUUGCUGGCCAAGUUUAUUGAAGCUACAAAGAUGGUCCAAGCUAUCAUUACCGACUUUCCUCAAGGAAUAACCAUUCAUGAAGAAGUAGCUUCUACAGUUCAGUUUGCCAAAAAUAAGCAAAUGGAUGAUGCAGUCCUUUGGAUUGCCAGAAAGUAUGGUGAUAAAAUUUUACUAAGCGACUCUGACAGGAAACCCAAAAUGUCGAAGAAGAAAGGGAAAAAGCCCCCUACAGGAUUAAUGGCAAAACCUAGACAAUUAGAUGGUGACGAAGAUUGGCAAGGUCCUCCACCUUGGGAUGUGUCCUUGGGUGGUGAUGGAUGCCCUAAGUUCCUAUGCGAUGUGAUGGUGGAAGGAUUGGCAAAACAUUUAAGGUGUGUUGGCAUUGAUGCUGCUGUUCCCCCUCUGAGAAAGCCUCAAACAAGGGAUUUAAUUGAACAAGCAUCUAAGGAGAAAAGGGUACUAGUAACACGAGAUGCCAAACUUCUGAGGCAUGGCUAUCUCAUAAAAAAUCAAAUAUACAGGGUGAAGAGUCUUCUUAAAAAUGAACAACUUAUUGAGGUGAUAGAAACAUUUAAAUUGGAAAUUUCUGAGGAUCAGCUGAUGUCUAGGUGCACUAAAUGCAAUGGGAGAUUCAUCCAGAAACCUCUGACAACUGAAGAGGCUGUUGAAGCUGGCAAGGGCUUUCAGGUGAUUCCAAACUGCCUGUUUGACAAGAACUUGGAGUUCUGGCAGUGCAUGGACUGUAAACAACUUUACUGGGAGGGAACCCAGUACCGCAAUGCAGUACAAAAGUUCAUUGACAUUUGCAAGCUAAACGAGUAAGAGAAGGGCCACAAUGCUUCCUAAUCAAUUGCCUACCACAAAGUCACAUACCCUAAGCUGUCACAUUUUGCUUUGUAAUAUAGUUGCCCCUAGUUCUCCAAUAUGUCUCCCCCUCGUGGGAUUCCUGUCUAACUCGAAGAAUUCCACCAUCAAUUGGUGGUUGUGCAUGCCCUCGUACUAGCUUUGACAAAUCUGUUUGUAUCAAUCCCGGGAAUUUUGUUUUGUUACUUGUUGUUGGUUGAGUUAUAUAAUUAAUUAAAAAGCUUCUGCCUAGCUUAUACAUCCA